UGACACAAUCACUCAGAGUCAUGAAGCUGUAGCUGCAAAUUCUACUUUCACUUUUAUUUCAGAAAACAGAGACGCAGCAAGAUGCCGGGACCUGGGAACCCCUUUGCUUCUUCUGAGGUGUCCACUGGGACCACCAUCAUGGCCAUAGAGUUCAAUGGAGGGAUUGUCAUUGGAUCCGACUCAAGAGUGUCCGCUGGAGACGCUGUGGUCAAUCGUGUCUUUAAUAAACUGGCUCCUCUUCAUGAUAAGAUCUACUGUGCCCUCUCUGGUUCCGCCGCUGAUUGCCAGGCUGUAGCUGAUAUGGUGAAUUACUAUUUGGAGGUGCACAGUAUGGAACUGGACACUGCGCCCUUAGUGGUAGCCGCUGCAAACCUUGUAAAGGGGGUCAGCUACAAGUACAAGGAGGAGCUGUCUGCACAUCUCCUCGUGGCUGGCUGGGACAAGAAAAAUGGAGGACAGGUGUAUGGGACGUUGGGUGGGAUGAUAAGCCGGCAGCCUUUUGCCAUCGGAGGAUCUGGCAGUUCCUAUAUAUAUGGUUAUGUGGACUCCAUUUAUAAGCCAGGAAUGACCAAAGAGGAGUGUGAGAGGUUCACUGUCCAUGCUCUGUCACUGGCAAUGAGCCGAGACGGUUCCAGUGGAGGGGUGAUCUAUCUAAUGACUGUAACAAAGGACGGAUCGAAGCAGACUCUCCUAACCGGGGAUGACAUUCCUAAAUUCUAUGACCUGUAAUCACUGGAUAUAAAUAUUUGUACAUUAAUAAAUUCAUUUCAAUAACAUUUG